CCACAUCACUAUUGAUUGAUUAAGUGACAUUCUGCUUUCUGCGAAAAGUACAAGUUCUGCGUAUUAUUGUUUAUUAGUUUUAAUUUAUUGAAUCUAAAGAAACUACAACGACUCUUUCUUUAAUUUUUGUUAUUCUACAAUAGUAUACUUUGUUUUUAACAUCAUACGGUAGUAACAAGUUGCAAAACAAGUAGAAAAUAGGUUGUAACGGGGUCUCCCGUUAUCUAAACAAUUACCUCAAAAACUUAUUAUGCCUCAUGAUUUAAAGGAGUUGGGUGGAAGGAAACCAGUAGUAAUGGCUCCCUUGUCGCCGACCCCAUGCGCGGAGAUCAGUGAUGACGAGCUGGUCUCCAUAUCCGUGCGCGACCUGAACCGGCAGCUCAAGAUGAGGGGACUCACCCGGGACCAGAUAGUCAGGAUGAAGCAGCGUCGUCGCACUCUGAAGAACCGCGGGUACGCCGCGUCGUGCCGCAUCAAACGCAUCGAGCAGAAGGACGAGCUCGAGACUGAGAAGAGCCAGGAGUGGCACGACAUGGAGUUGAUGCAGGACGAGAACAACAGGAUCCGCGAGGAGGUGGAGGCGCUGCGAGGGAAGUAUGACGCGCUCAAACGUUUUGCCAUCAUGAAGAAUAUACCAUUACCACCGGAAUUGGAAAUACAGCCAUAGGCCUGUUGAAAUGAGACAUUGUACCUUUGUACCUUACUUUAGAAUAUAUUGUUGGAGGCAAUCAUUGAAAAGGAGUGUUAAUAUUUUAAGUAUAGGCGUGUAAGAUAGAGAUGGCUGUAAAGACAUGUCUGUCCUACUAAUAGUUAAGUAAAAACAAUAAGAUGGAACAAGUUAAGUAG